AUGUUCUAUCUUUUAUUAAUUUUUAAUAUUCUUAAUAUUUCUUUGAUAAUACCAACAAAUGUCUUGUUAAAUGUUCAAAUUAUAUGGAGACAUGGAGAUAGACCACCAACAGAGAUAUAUCAAUAUGAUCCAAAUAAAAAUGUUUGGAGUGUUUCAUUAGGUCAAUUAACACAAAAAGGUAUGAGACAACAUUAUGAUUUGGGUAAAAGAUUUUUUAAAAAAUAUAGUCAAGAAAAGAAACUUCUUAAUUCAAAUUAUGAUGCUAAUCAAAUUUAUGUAAGAAGUACAGAUAUUGAUAGAACUUUAGUAUCAGCUUACUCAAAUCUUGCUGGAUUUUAUGCUCAAUCUAAAAAUACUUAUCCAAAUGAUGAUUAUUUAUUAAAUCCAAAUUUUAAAUGUGAAAGGAGAAGUCAAUUAGAAGAUGAUAGAAGAAAUAAUCCAAAAUUUUUAGAUUAUCAAUCAACAUUAUCAAAUCUUUGUGAAUAUUUAACAAAACAUUCUGGUAUUAAAGUUAAAGGAUACACUGAAAUAAGAAAUCUUUAUAGUAAUAUUCGUUUAGAAAAAAGAUAUUAUAAUCUUCCACAACCAUCAUGGGUAACUCAAGAUAUUUAUAAUCAGAUGGAGAUAGUUGUUAAUAAGUCAAUAAAUUAUAUUCAUGGUGAAGAAGGUUUUGGUUUACCAGAUGAUAUUGAAUUAAUUAGAUUAAAAGGAGGAAAUUUUGCUUAUACAAUUCUUCAAAAUAUAAAAAAUACAAUAAAUAAUAAUAGUGAUACAAAACUUUAUUUUGCUUUUAGUGCACAUGAUGAUACUUUAUGGGCAUUUGCUACUGUUUUAGGUUUUAAAAAAAAAGUAAUGGGUGAAGGAUAUGUUGAUUAUGCAGCUAGUUUUACAAUAGAAUUAUGGAAGAAUGAAAGUAAAAAUUAUUAUAUAAAAAUAUUGUACGCUGGUAAUGCGUAUGACGAAUUUAAGACAGUUACCAGUUUUAUUAAAGGAUGUCCACAAAGUGAUUUUUGUCCAAUAGAAAUUUUUGAAAACUAUCUUAAACCAUAUAUAAUUGAAAAACCAUUAAAUCAUUGUUAA